UGCUUCAUUAGACCCCAGUGAUACACCUCUGUUCAUCUAUCACCCCGCUAUCUUUGGCGACUCAGCCAUGCCGAAGACUUCUCGAUACGCGCUCAUCGUGGACAAUAUUAGCAGUACUACUCCAGUUAGGGAUAUUGAGCGCGAGUUUGCGUAUUAUGGACGCAUCAGGGAUUGCGUCAAGGAUGGAAAGCAUAGGCUUGCGCUGAUUGAGUUUGAGAACUUCCGCUGUGAAGUUCACGCUGUGCCACCAUGACCAAGCUCAGAGCUGCACAAGCUUCUCUGAGCGAAUAGGUCUCUGGACGCGCAAGCUGCAUGGCGCAAGAUGGACGGUUUCCGCCUGGAUGGCCGCACCUGGAAGGUGGACUGGGCCACCCGGGAUGACUUCCGCUUCUUCGGCUGGAAAUGGUUCGAGUACUCACCCUCUCCCGUUCGGUCGCGUUCUCGUUCGCGUGGUCGCUCGCGGUCGCCCUCUCGCGGCGGUUCGCCUUCCCGCUCGCCGCGGCGGUCGCGCUCGCCCAACACCCCGCGCGGCAAGGACGACCGACCGCGGGGCGCCUCCAAGUCGACCUCGCCGCCCCCUCGGCGUGAGGACGGAGGCUACAAGGGGGGUGACGGCGGAGAUCGCGGACGGUCGCCGUCUCCUGAUCGGACCCGCAGGGGCUGAGAGCUCGGGGCGGUGCACGAUGGGGGCUGCAGGGGUGUUGGCAUAUUGCGUGUGGUGCGUUGGGAGUGGGGCAGUGCGUAACGCCUGGGGCGCAGUGUUGGGACUGUAGAAAUACUUAACAUUUGUAGGUAAAGUGGGAGGAGGUCAAAGAGGGCGCCUGAUUAGAGAGAGACUGCUCCUGGGGUGGGCCGUAAGGGAAGGGAGAUUGAGUGGUGGUUUAGCUUGGAUACAGUACGGCAUGGCUGGCUUCACUUUGUUGUCGGAUUCCGGUCGGGAAACGUUGUUAGCGUUGCGAGGCUGCUGUGGUUACCUCCGUAGGAGGGUAGAAGGCAGGAAGUAUAGCGUGUUGCAAGUGCAUUUCGUUUCUUAUGAACCUUACGAGGUUGUGUUAAGAGUUGACCGGAGAGCGGUUGGGCGGACAUCCUAGCCAUGGCGGUGAGAGCGCGGAGAGCUGCUGACAGUGCUGGCAAGUUGCGCUUUGUGUGCGGCUGCAAAUUUUUGUCUACUUUUGAGCUCGUGCCUGCCUAGAGGAGGGGGUUGUAGCUUUGCUCCUAAUAUCAGUGGGCAGUUGGUUUUGGCGUAAGCAUGCCGUGAGAUGUUUAGGAGCGAGGGUUGGUACAUGGUUGAUCCUGGGGGGUAUUUCGAUGGCGGGUUAUGGCUUGCAGGCUGCUAAGUGCCAUGCGACGGUUUGUCUGUUGCGCAAACCUUUGGACCGUUAAGCAUCUACCCUGCAUACCGGUAGUUGCCUGCUGUGUUGUAAGCUAUAGG